CCACAAUAAAAGCGCCAUGUUCACUCAGAAGAAGAGAAGGGAUUCCUACACUUGAGCGCUAAGUCACUCAGCACAAGGCAAGUUUCCUCCACAGUCAUCAUGGUCAAGAAAGUGAACACUAAGGAGGAGUUCGACAGCGUCCUAAGGGAAGCUGGAGACAAGGUGGUGGUGGUGGACUUUACAGCUGCAUGGUGUGGCCCCUGUAGAAUGAUAGCCCCAAAGUUUGAGGAAGCGUCAGAAAAAUACACAGAUAUGAUUUUCAUAAAAGUGGAUGUUGAUGAGUGUUCGGAUGUGGCUGCAGAAUGCAAAAUCAGCUGCAUGCCCACAUUCGUGUUCUUCAAGAAUGGCAAAGAGGUCAACAGGUUCUCUGGUGCUGAUGAGGGCAAUCUGUUGAAAGCAAUUGAAAAAAACAGAUAAUGAAAACCAUAAUUUCUCCCUGUAUGUGCUGAAGAAAUUCCGGUUUCCUUUUAUGUACAACAAAAACAAGCCCUCCUUUUCACACCUGAAAACCUUUUUAAUUCAGUUUCAUAUGGGAGAAAGAUCAGCUUUCCUCUUGAUUAACUCCAGAACUUUCUUGUUACAUUGUGUCCAACAAGUUGGAUUUAAUAAAUGAU